AUGCAUGGCAUGCACGAUGGCAUGCAGAGAAACAUGCUGAGCGGCAUUCAAGGCGGUAUGCAGGGUGCCACUAUGCAAGGCGGCAUGCAGAGCGGAUAUGGUCAGCAAGGCGGCCAAUCGUCUGGUGCAAAAGGUAGCCAAGGUGGCUACAGCAGUUACCGAGGAGGCUAUGGCCCCGUUGUCAAAUCUAAUCAUCUCAGACGUCCUUUGUAA